AUGUCUGAAGAAUCAUUACCGGUUGAACAAAUUCAAGAAGGAACAGUUGAGAACGAUACUGUUGAAGAUUUUGAAAAACAAUUUCCUGAUGUUGAUAAUGUUGGUGUAGCUGCCAAUUCUCAAUCUGAAUUGGCUGAAGAUGAUUUUGCUGCUCCACAAAGUGCGGUAGCAGAGGGUUCAGUUGAUGAAGAAGCACCAAAAUACAAUACACAACCAUCUGAAGCUAUUAACCAAUGGAGAGAACGUCAUGAUCUAGAGAUUUCUGAUAGAGAUAGAAAGGAUGAACAAGAGAAGGUCGAAUUACAAGAAGACGCGAUCAAGCAUAUCGACAAUUUUUAUGAUGAAUAUAACAGAAAGAAACAACAAAAUUUAGACUCAGUUAAAGAAGAAGCUGAAAAAUAUUUGAAGGAAAGAAAUGAAUUCUUUGAACAAGAUAACACUGUCUGGGAUCGUGUUUUCCAAUUGAUUAAUGUAGAUGAUGCUAAUGUUAUAAGUGGUAGGGAUAGAUCUAAGUUUAAGGAAAUUUUACAGAAAUUAAAGGGUAAUACAUCUGUACCAGGUGCUUAA